CGAGUCAAAUGACCCGAGAAUCCAAGAUCUCUCCCGGUAACGCUUUCCUUCUCCUUCUUCCUUAACCAUUUCUCUCUCCUACUUCCUUCCCGUCGAAGGAAAUAAAAGUAAAAUCAAUUAGUCUUCUCUGUCUCUCAUUCUCUAUCUCAAUCUUUAUCAAGCACCAUGCAAGAAACAGAGCUACACGAUUUAUCAGACGAUGCCGACUACGCGGCCUCUCAACAGCAAGGAUCGGCGAGCAUGAUGCGUUGCGAUAGUGACAGGAAGAGCUCGUCGAGCGAACCGGAAGGUGCAGAGGUGCUGUAUUCGAAGGAUAAUGUCACAAUUCAUCCAACUCAGUUCGCUUCUGAGAGAAUUAGUGGAAGAUUGAAGCUAAUUAAGCAAGGAUCUUCACUCUUUAUGACAUGGAUUCCAUAUAAAGGCCAAACAUCAAAUGCAAGGCUAUCAGAGAAAGAUAGGAAUCUUUAUACUAUAAGGGCAGUUCCAUUCACAGAUGUGAGGUCCAUCCGUCGACACACCCCUGCACUUGGGUGGCAGUACAUAAUUGUUGUUUUGUCAUCUGGACUUGCAUAUCCCCCUCUCUACUUCUAUAAUGGAGGAGUCAGAGAGUUCCUCGCUGCUGUUAAGCAACAUGUUUUUCUUGUGAGGUCAUCAGAAGAUACAAAUGUAUUUCUUGUGAAUGAUUUUGAAAAUCCUUUGCAGAGAACUUUGUCUUCUUUGGAGCUGCCUAGGACACUUUCAGUUGCAAGUGGGCCUUCCGGGUCUGUUUCAGCUGAGGAGUCUUUUUCUCAUGGAAGUCAUGAGGGGAAUGAUGAGGGUGUCAGUGAUGGUAGUUAUAGAAUUUCCCACUACAGUGGGAGGCAAAGGCCAAAAAUUCAUGAUCCUGCUCGUGAUCUUUCAAUUCACGUGCUGGAGAAAUUUUCUCUUGUGACCAAAUUUGCCCGGGAAACAACUUCGCAAUUAUUUCGUGAAAACAAUGGUUUUGGUGCUGUUGAAAGGAGACACAGUCACCGAUCUGACUUUGAUUACUCUCAUAAGGUUACCAAUGAUGUAGAGAAACUUCCUGAUGAAAUUCCUGUACCGUCAGAUCCUCUGGAGUUCGAUAAGCUUACUCUUGUGUGGGGAAAACCACGACAACCUCCUCUGGGACCUGAAGAGUGGGUCACUUUCUUGGACUCUGAAGGGCGAGUUAUGGACUCAAAAGCUUUAAGGAAAAGAAUAUUCUAUGGAGGAAUCGAGCACAAAUUACGAAGAGAGGUUUGGGCCUUUUUACUGGGAUAUCAUGCAUAUGAAUCAACAUGUGCUGAGAGAGAGUAUCUUAGGUCCAUCAAAAAGUCAGAAUAUGAGACCAUAAAACAGCAGUGGCAGAGUAUCUCGGCUGAACAAGCAAAAAGAUUUACAAAAUACAGGGAGAGGAAAGGCCUUAUAGAUAAAGAUGUGGUGAGGACUGAUCGAUCUCUUGCUUUUUACGAUGGUGAUGAUAAUCCAAAUGUGAAUACUUUACGUGAUAUUCUGUUGACAUACUCCUUCUACAACUUUGAUCUUGGUUACUGUCAGGGCAUGAGUGAUUUGCUAUCACCAAUUUUGUUCGUAAUGGAGGAUGAAUCAGAAUCAUUUUGGUGCUUUGUAAAACUGAUGGAACGACUUGGACCCAACUUUAACCGUGACCAAAAUGGCAUGCACACUCAACUUUUUGCAGUAUCUAAGCUGGUGGAGUUGCUAGAUAUCCCUCUGCAUAACUAUUUCAAGCAGAAUGAUUGCUUGAAUUAUUUCUUCUGUUUCCGUUGGAUUCUAAUACAGUUUAAAAGGGAAUUUGAAUAUGGUAAAACAAUGUUACUCUGGGAAGUAUUAUGGACUCAUUAUUUGUCUGAACAUCUGCACUUGUACGUAUGUGUUGCAAUCUUGAAGCGCUACCGCGGCAUGAUAAUGGGAGAGCAGAUGGACUUUGACACACUUUUGAAGUUCAUUAAUGAGCUGAGUGGGCAUAUUGACCUCGACGCGACUCUCAGAGAUGCCGAGGCUUUGUGCAUAUGUGCAGGCGAGAAUGGUUCAGCUUGCAUCCCUCCGGGUACUCCGCCUUCGUUGCCUAUUGAUAAUGGUUCUUUAUAUCCUCAACAAGAUGAAGUCUUGUAAAUUAUAAGCCGGAACCGGAUAAAUAAUCAGCUUUGUAUUUCUAUAUUUUGUACUGUCAACAGAUCUCUUACCAUUUGUGCGAUUAUUAGAUUUUUUUUUUUUUUUUUUUACAAGUGAUGAUCUGUUUUCUUCAAUCAAAACUAGUAACUCUCUCUUAUAAUUAUAGAUUGGCCGCCAUGCCGUUUGGGGUUGUGCGUGUAUUUCUUUC